AUGGCCGUGCCGCGGGAGCCGCCGCCCGCCCCGGCGCUGCCGCCCCCCGCCGCCGCCGCCCCGUCUCUGGGCGCGGCCCGGGCGCUGGCGGCGCGGCGCCACUCGUGCCUGGUGGCGGCGGCGCACCGGCGACACGUGGCGCUGCCCCCGCGCUUCCUGGGCCGCAAGCGCUCCGGCAUCCGCGCGCAGCUGGACGCCGAGCUCCUGCGCUACUCCGAGAGCCUGCAGGGUGUGCCCGUGGCUUACGACAACAUCAAAGUGGUGGGAGAGCUCGGCGACAUCUACGACGACCAGGGAUUCAUCCACCUGAACAUCGAGGCCGACUUCAUCAUCUUCAGCCCCAAGAAGGGGAAGAAGCUGGUGGGUGUAAUUAAUAAAGUGGCCCCUAGUCAUAUUGGCUGCCUCAUACAUGGAUGCUUCAAUGCCUCUAUCCCUAAGCCUGAACAAAUGUCUAUUGUACAGUGGCAAGAGCUGGGAUUUAAAAUAGGGGAUGAACUGAAAUUUCAAGUGUUGCACUUGGAUUUUGAUACUGCUGGGGUGUUCUUCAUUCGAGGAGGACUCACUAAAAGCAGCAUGCGGCCCAAAAAAUCUAACACAGUCGCUGAAACUACAAAUGGGGACGAAAUUCAAAAGCUUGACCAGCAGGAAAAUGGCUUGAAUGACUGUGGGCAAGAUAAUGUCACAGAAGAGCCUUUAAAUGAGACGAGUAACCUUGGGAGGGAAAAUGAAGAAGAGCAAAGUGUUGAUGUGGUGAAUGGAGUAUGUGAUGAUAAAAAGAAGAAGAAGAAAAAGAAAAAGGACAAGCAAGGAGAACAGGAACUUGUAUUGCCUACCAGUGACUCUAGUGGUUACCAAAGUGACCAUAAAAAGUCAAAGAAAAAGAAAAGAAAACAUUGUGAUGAAGUUGAAGAAAGUGAGUUAUCUCAGUUGUCAGAAAAACCCAAAGCAAAAAAGAAAAAGACGAAAGUCUGAAGUGCCUUUCCUGUGUUACAUUUCAGACGGUUUUGAUAAGUUUCAAUAAAACCCUGUUUUCAAAAUGG